AUGUCUGCCGCGACCCCCGCACCCGCCGCUUCCACCACCGAACAGCAGAGACAGGCGUACCUCAGAGACGUCCACCAGGCCGCCGACAGGGUCAAGCAGCACGUGCAGACGCUGCACUCGCCGCAGCUGGCCCAGCAGCAGCCCGUGUUCGAGAGACGCGCUCUGAACCAGGCGCCCCCCAUGCUCGCGCAGAAUGCGAUGACCGGGUCUGGGUCCACCCUCGAGAUGUGGGAGGAGGGCGUGGAGAAGAGACUCGACGACAUCGACAGGAAGCUUGGCGGGUCUGACCUGUCGGAUAUGUUUGCCAAGGGGAAAGUGGAGGACAUGGAUUUCUGA